UUCUGCUUUCUGCAACGGGUGCCCAAGAUUAUCCGUGGGAGUCCCCAAUUCUUCCUUGAGUGAUAAAAGGGGAUUUCCUGUGGGAAAAAAACAACAACAGGCUUCAUCAUGUGACAUCUACUUUCUCUUUUGCUGAUGCCUUUUCGGCUUCUGCUGUCUUCCAGAACGGAGCUGGGAUGGGUUGGGUCCUCCUUAUAUGGAUGCUGGCUUCAGCUCUUCUCUUGUCGAGGGCCUACACACCAGCGCAGGUGGUCGGAGUAGCGGGGGGCUCUGUUGCCUUCAAAGUGAGCCCCCCUCCCAAUUUUCACAUCCGGGAGAUCAUCUGGCGUUCCUUGACGCCUUCCGAAGAGUUGGUGGCCACCUCGUUCAAGGGAACCCCAGAGAUCCAGUAUCGGUCCCGUUUUUACGGAAGGACUCAACUCCACGACAACUUCACCUUACAGAUCAACCCGGUGGACUUAGAAGAUGCUGGGAUUUUCUCCGCCCUCCUGGUGGAUACCACAGGACAGAUGAAACAACAGGUUUUCGAGCUGAAGGUUUUUGAUACGAUUUCUACCCCAAUUAUCCGGGUGUUUCCUGAAGCAAAGGACGCGAAUGCCUCCUCGGAAACCUGCAUACUUUUUCUGAGUUGUCGUGCAGCCAGCAGGACUAAUGUCACAUACGAGUGGGCAGGGCUGGGGGGGAAGACCAGCCCCGGGCUGAAACAUUGGCGCAUGGAAGAGGGCCAGGUGCUAAGGGUCCAACUGGAUCCCAAGGAAGUUCUCCAGGUGAGCUACACCUGCAUGGCCUCCAAUCCUGUACUCGACAAAUCAGCGGUGGUUGAGCUCCAGGACUCCUGUCUACGACGUUCAGAAGGUGAGAAGAAGACCACAUACAGUUUCAGGGAGUUCCUCUUGAUCGUCAUCCCAGUGGUCUCGUUCUUCUUCUUGCUGGCUGUCCUUUCGUGCGUGUGCUACAAACAGCAUUCGGGGAAGAAAAUGUUCUACACGGUUCCUGGAAGCGAGUCGAUCCAGCUUUAAUGGAUGGGAAACGCGGAUUUUCUCUGGUUGCUUCGGCUGAGAAGGUGGAAGACGUCGAGAAGGGGGAAGAUGUUGUGUCGGUGGAAAAGAACUUCCCUUCUAUCCUCUUGUGACACUUUUAAGGACGUUGGAGGUGAUGGUUUGCUUGGAAUUUUUGAAAGAUGACCGCCACUGUCCAGUUGUGAGUCUCAACGCCCAGAGCUCUCCACCCAGCAUUGCCAGCGUUGAGCAUUCUGGGAGCUGAAGAUUGUCUUCCGGGUCUGGGUACUACAAUUCCCAGAAUUCCUGAGGCAGCACAACAACCACUGAGAAUUCUGGCAGCUGAAGAUUGUCUUACGAGUCUGGGUACUACAAUUCCCAGAAUUCCUGAGGCAGCACAGCAACCACUGAGAAUUCUGGCAGCUGAAGAUUGUCCUCGGCUCUCGAUACUACAAUUCCCAGAGUUCCUGAGGCGGCACAGCAACUACUGAGAAUUCUGGCAACAAAGAUUGUCUUCCAGGUCUGGGUACUACAACUCCCAGAGUUCCCUAGGCAACACAGCAACCACUGAGAAUUCUGGGAGCUGAAGAUUGUCUUCCAUGUCUCGAUACUACAAUUCCCAGAGUUCCUGAGGCAGCACAGCAACCACUGAGAAUUCUGGGAGCUGAAGAUUGUCCUCUGGGUCUCCAUACUACAACUCCCAGAGUUGCCCAGUCAAGACACCCGCUGCUGAGAAUUUGGGGAGCUGGAGAUUGCCCUUCAACUCUGUGAACAGGCCACACAACCUCUUAAUUUCUGAGCAAAAACUCUAGCAGAUCCCAUCUUGUUUUAAUCUGCUGGUAGGUGAAUAAAUGGCUAUUUUUAAAGGGAAUAAACGUGGAACUCUCUCUUUUCUUUCUCUUUCUUUUCCUAGGAAGCUGGCCCGGGAAAUUCCUUUCAGAUCCCCAACCUUGGGAUUUUCACAGGAGGAGGCAGAGAAUUGCCCUAUCACGUGCUCAGUUUCACUUUUGAGUUUUGCAAUGUUUGCGUUUAUUUCCAAAGGUCAAAUAAACCUCCAGUUUUGUUUUGUUUUUUUAAAAAGCUUCAUUUUCUUGUUGCAAAAUGGCACCAUCUACUGGCUUUAAAAAAGGGAAUUUGAAAACAUUAAAAAAAAAAAAAAAGAAAAUAUCCUUUCAUUUGGGAACUCCCAAUAAUUGGACCCCCCCAAGCUAGUUCUCAAUUUACGACCAGAAUUGGGAGCAGAAUUUUCAUCGCUAAACGAAAAUGGGGCUCCCCUCUUCCGACAGAUGAAGAGAGGUUUUUAAGCAAAAGCCUUUUAUUGAGAUCAACAUUCCCCCCCCCCCCCGGCUGUCCCGACGCCAGUUCGAACCCCAAAGAGUAAUAAUUCUGUUCACUAACCCAAGUUAAAACGAAAGCACCUCAAACAAAAAAAAAAAAAAAAGGAGAAAGGAAAAGGAAAGGAAAAAAGUAGCCAAAUUAACAAAUGUUUGACUGAUUUGCUUUCUGGGGGGGGGGAGGAGUUCUAGCUUUUGGGGGGGGGUUGAAGUCAGUAUCACAGAAGUGAUAGAAGAUCGGCAGGCUUUAGAAGGAAAUGGGGAAAAAUGCUAAAUCUGCCAAAUGAAGGUGCUUCAAUAGGAAGGUUGCUUUAAGCAAGAAAAGCCAGUCUCCUUCACAAGAAGUUGCCCCAGGAGUGGGGAGGGAAGGGGGGGGGGCAAAAACAGCAGCAAAACAUCAGGAGGGUGAAAAUCCCAAGCCAGGGGAGCCCUCACAUGAGGUCAGUUUGUCAAGAAUUCCUAGAGAUUUCAAA